AUGUCUAAUACGUCAGCGCAAUGCACAUUAUUACGCCAGUCCGAAUCGAGCGAUAUAGAAGCGGUGCCAAUUGCUCGUGAAUAUCUUACCCUACUUUCACAGAACUAUGAAAAUGGUAGUUACGCAUUUUGUGGCGGAAGGAUUCAUGUUGCGCUUCUCACCAAGAUUAUUAGUAUUGGUGUAAUUCCAUUUUAUGCAUUGAUUCUAAUGUUUAUGAUACAUUUUGGUAACGCUACUGCAAUUAUGUUCGCCAUCAUAAUACUAGGUUCGGUUGCUGUUACGACCAUCUAUGGAGCUUUUCGAGGGAGCAAAUUGUGUCUGGUGCCUUUCAUCUUUUUGCAGGUGGUAUUUUUUAUUUACGACCUCGUUCUUCUCGGUCUUUUUGCAAUUGCGCUAUUUCGAUCUGAGAAGAGUGCAUCACUGGUAUACGCUAUUUAUGUAACAGAGUCAAUAUCACCUCAAAUAGUUUUACUCGUUACGUCAAUAGUUCUGCUAUGCGCUAUUCCACCAAUUUUAUGUGUAGCAUACGUGGUUUAUCUCGAUAUUCUUUUCAUAGCGGAACUUGAUCGUAGCUUGGAAUUUAUGCGUGAGCUCAAUGAAAACGCCUCUAAUGACGACGCAACACAGAAGUUUACCAAUUUCUAG